GGGUCACGUGAUAUUGCCGGACGUUGCUACUGCGCUGUGUGCUAGCUAGUCGGUCAGAGGAGCACGCUUCAACAACACAAUGGACUGGACUAGUAGAUCAGAUUAAUACUCUGUCCACCAAGCAGCUUGUGGCCAGCUAGCUGUGUUGUCUUUUUAGCUUGGCGAAGUUUUGGCAGCACCGCAGGUUCCAGUCCUCCAUCACCAUGGGCGGUCGUCCGAGGUCGCUACUCGCCGCCCUGAUCGCGCUGUGCUCGGCCGCAGCGUCGGCUCAUGUGGAUGGAGCUCCGCCCUCUAAAAUAGCGGUGGUGGGGGCCGGCAUCGGGGGCAGUGCCACGGCUCAUUUCCUGCGUCAGCACUUUGGUCCGGAGGUUCAAGUGGAUGUGUACGAGAAAGGAGAGGUCGGAGGUCGUCUUGCAACGGUAACGGUCAACCAGCACGACUAUGAGUCCGGAGGCUCGGUCAUUCACUCGCUCAACCUCCACAUGCAGGACUUUGUCAAACAGCUGGGACUUAAGUACCGUCGCAGCGUGGCAGGAAAGACGGCAGUGUUUAACAGUGAGGAGGUGAUCCUGGAGGAGACUGACUGGUACUUGCUGGACCUCUUCCGCUUGUGGUGGCGCUACGGCAUCAGCUUCAUCCGUCUUCAGAUGUGGGUGGAGGAGAUCAUGGAGAAAUUCAUGAGGAUCUACAAGUACCAGGCCCACGGCUAUGCCUUCAGUUCUGUGGAGGAGCUGCUGGACUCUCUAGGGGGGAGUGGCUUCAUCAACAUGACACGCAGGCCGCUCUCUGAUUCGCUGCUGGAGCUAGGCGUGUCUCAGCGCUUUAUCGACGAGGUCAUCGCGCCCAUCAUGAGGCACAACUAUGGCCAGAAUGUCAGCAUUCCAGCCUUCGUAGGCGCUGUGUCUUUGGUGAGCGCUCAGAACAACCUGUGGGCAGUGGAGGGCGGGAACAAGCUGGUGUGUUCAGGCCUUUUGAAGAUGGCCAAUGCCAACCUCCUGCCAGCGCAUAUCACGUCUGUGGACCCUCUCCACUCCGGGGGCACACUUCAGUACCGACUGAGCUUCACUGACGCCAAAGAGACAAAAUCUGAGUUGUACGACAUUGUGGUGCUAGCGACACCGCUCCAGGCCAGCGUCCGAUCGGGCAUCUCUUUUCGAGACUUUACGCCACCAAUUGUGCAGCCGGCGGGCGACUAUCACAGCACAGUCAUCACUGUUGUCCACGGGUACCUCAACACCUCGCUUUUUGGCUUCCCAGACCCCCGCCUCUUCCCCUACGCCUGUGUCCUGACCACAGAGACCCCUGGCCUGUUCUUCAACAGCGUGGCCAGCAUUUGUCCUGUAAACAUCUCGAUGGGCUUCAGGCGGAAACAAGCGCAAGAGGCCGGCGUCUAUAAAGUGUUCUCGACACAGCCGCUGACCAAAGCUCAACUAAAGACGCUCUUCAGGUCCUACUACUCGGUGCAGGUGACGAAGUGGCAGGCGUACCCUCAUUACGGCAGCAGCCUGGCAUUGCCCCCCGUGGAGCUCCAUCCAAACCUCUACUACCUCAAUGGUAUCGAGUGGGCCGGCAGUGCCAUGGAGAUGAGCUCGGUGGCGGCCAAGAACAUUGCCCUACUGGCUUACCACCGCUGGAACAGGCAGACUGACAUGGUGGACCAGAAGGACCUCAUGCACAGCGUAAAGACUGAACUUUGACCUCAAAAAGGCCAAUUUAUGACUCACUUAAGAUUUCAUGAAGGUGGUCAAGUGGUCCAUUGCUCUUAUGGUCCAGUACUGUGGUGGUCCAUUACUCCAGUGGCCAGGUCCCCCAGUGGUCCUGUAUUGUUGUGGACCAAUACUUUAUUGGUCCAGUACUUCUAAGAAUUUAUCCACAUAAGGAGUGUUUCCUGCUGAAUAUUUGAGCCACAAAGUGUGAAUGUUCUGCGAUUGUUUUCAUUUGAUUGCUAACGUGAUAGCCCAGUAGUAGAUUACUUGUAUAAUAGAUUACUUGUAGCAUGGCCAAGUAACAGAUUACCUGUAACAGUCAACACAGUGUCUUUGGCCAAGAAAGGAAGCACUUUGCCGUUUGUUGCACCAUAUCUCCUUAAAGGAUUAGUUUGGAUUUUUUGACAAGUUGUAUGGCAUCCCCAUCAGUAGUGUAGUGCAUCAACAGUGACUUACUCCCACUUCGUCCCGUGAGUGGAGAUCUGGUCGGAUUUUGGUGCCGAUGAGCUUAGUUCCGGUCAGUUGGGGCCACUUAAA